AUGGAUAGAGCAAAAAAGAAGUUGGCACGGCUCCAGAUUCUCUAAAACGGCUACAACUUUAGAUUCGCAUCGGCUAUCGAUGGGCUUCGAUCGUUCCACAAUCGUCCUGAGAUAAGUGUAGAGGAAAAAGUCUUGCCGGAACACUGCUGUUUUGCCAAAGUAGAAUAGACUUCAAUUUCCGUGUUAAUGAGACGUUUAGGUUGUGCGUCAUGGCUUUCCAGAAGACCCGCGAUGUAUGGCGUAUGAUCCAGUACAACGUCUUGUAGCCAUUGGUACAGGUCGUGGGCACAUAAGAAUGAUUGGAGAUGCUGGUGUGGAUUAUCUCUUGAAACAUGAAUCUGGUGAACCAGUACUUCACAUGCAGUUUUUAAUAAAUGAGGGUGGAUUGAUCACUUCAUGUGGAAGUGACUCAAUCCAUUUGUGGAACUACCGACAAAAGGUAGCCCAAACGCUUCUAACAAUAAUCGCUAAUCAAAAUUCAGACUGCUGAAAUUGUGCAUUCCGUCCAGUUAAGCAAAGAAUCAGUUACUGCUAUUCAUCUACCAGUUGCUGGAAAAUGGUUGUACAUUGGAACUGAUAAAGUAAGUGAUAACUAUUAAUCGUUAUUUAUGAUUUUAUUUCAGGGAAAUGUCUACUUUUUGUGUUUGAACAGUUUUCUUCUGAGUCCGUAUGUAAUUAAUUGGAACAAAGCAAUAGACCUGUAAGCCACGAAAUUAAGAAAACCGACAUAGGCGACAAAUUUGUAUGGCUCCGUAUCGACAACAUCAUGAGCGUUUUUUAGAUCAUGCCGUAUUCACCCGGGCCCAGUUCGACAAUUGUCAAUCUCACCGGUUGAAAAUACAAAGUUGUUGAUUAUCUAUGAUAAAGGAAUUCUGGUACAAUGGAAUCUGACAACACGUGAAGUAGAUCGUUUUCCUCUUGAUCCUCCAAUCAAGAGUAUUCAUUGGCAUUUUGAUGGUCGUCAAGUUCUCACUGGAAAUGUCGACGGUUCUAUCAGCCUGUUCAACCACAAAAAAUGUACGGAGCCACUGCAAAGAAUCACACCUCACGGCACUGGAUCGUGUAGACCAAUUCAGCAGAUCGAAUGGAAACAUAUAACAGAAAGCGAAAGUAUAAUUAUGUUUUCUGGAGGAAUGCCUGCAGAUGAUGGUCCCCCACUUCCAGCACUCACUAUUUUAAAAGGAGGCAAAUCAGCAACGGUUCUGGAAAUGGAUUGGCCUAUUAUUCAAUUCAUUCCACUUGCGCAGGUAACAAGUAGACGCGUAUUAUAGGGGCACCGCACAGAAAUGGCGCUCUGUUGAGAAGCUCUUUUCUCUGGCAUUUCAAUAUUAAUCUAAUCGUACUCGAGUUCUACGGCGGCCUAAUAAGAUUGAUAUGACACCUAAUUAGAUUAAUAAAUUGUCUAGCUAGAUUAAUAAAUCUUCUAUUUAGAUUGAUAUGUGCUCAAAUCAAGUUUCACGCCAACCGUCUGCUGGCUCAAAUCUCGAUUGCGCCAAGAAAAAACAGUCCAAUCUAAUUAGGUCGCGUUUAGAUCAGUAACUUUCUAAUUAGAUUAAUAUCGAAUUGCCAGAGUUUUGCAGUGCAAAUUGAGCGACCUCGGGGCCGAGUUUGAAAGGUUAUACCAUGUUUUCAGUUGAAAAUUACUUCGCGGCCUAGAAAUUCGGCCAGAUUGCGAACAGAGCGCCAUUUCUGUGAGAUGCCCUUAUAAUAUAUAUAUGUAUAUAUAUAUAUAUAUAUAUAUAUGAGCUCGGCAAGACUAUUUUGUCGAGCCGACACUCCCAGAAAUAAACGCAGGCAGUGCUCAGGAAAAAAGGCCCCAAUUCGGCACAAGCGCCUUUUUUUGUGUUGUAAACAGUCGAAAGUCCCAUUAUGGGUUACUCAGAGUAUGUUUUUUUUUCGUUUUUUUUACGUCAAAAUGCUCAAUUCACCGAUGUAAACUAACGAAGAACGGAAAACAAACAUACGCUGAAUGACCCAAUUAGCGUGUGCCAUAUAGUCUUUUCAGAAUAUUUGGAAUGGAAUCCCGCAAGCACCGCAUUCUGUUGCGGUUUUACUGAAACAUGAUUUCAUGGUAUUGGAUCUUGCUCAGCAAGGGCACCCAGUUAUCGAAUCGCCACAUGCAAUGAACAUUCAUGAAAGUCCAGUUACUUGUAUUUCAUACUUCUCGGAUUGUCCGCUAGACUUGAUUGGUGCUCUAACUCUUGUCGGAACGAAGCAGCGGAACAAGGAAUUCAGUCAACGGGUGAGAAAAAGCGUAAUGGGGUUAUUCAGGCUGUGA